GGGAGAAAAAAAAAAAAAAGUAAGGAGGGCGAUCGCUCCGAUUUUAUCGCGAAACAAUGUGACAGUGCCGAUCGCGUCUCGACCUGGUUUCAUCCCUCUCCAUCAUGAUGUCCCUGCCGGCUUCCCUGGUCGCCUUGUGUGACGCGUUGUGAUCGUGGCUGGACGAUGCUUUACCCCGCCGGACAGCUCGACGGACAAUAAGGAGCUUCCCCUCCAGCGCCUUUCAUUGUUGUCGGUGUCCACUUCCAUCUUUAUCAUCUCUGCCUCCCCUCUCUUCUCCUCCAUCUGUUUCUCUCCUUUUCAUUUUUUUUCUUCUCAUCCUCCUCGAACCCACUCCCUCGCGUCUCUUGACGCAGUCUCUUGCGCCAUGGGGAAACCCCCUGCUGCCAUCAUUAUUGCUCGACAUGGUGCUCGCUUGGACGCAGCCGACAAGAACUGGCACCUCACCUCCCCCACCCCCUAUGACCCUCCUCUCUCCUACGGCGGUUGGUUACAGUCCCGUACGCUGGGUACUCGCAUCAUCGACAUCAUACAGUCAUUAGGUGGCUCCCUCGACUCGACAACACAAACAGAGGACGGGGUCAAGGCACCUUCCGAUCGUCUCCAAAAACCCAAACCCAAGCGUCGCAUCAUCAUUCACACCUCCCCAUUUACCCGAUGCCUGCAGACGGCCAUCGCGGUCAGUUCAGGGAUUUGUCAGAAUUCUGGCGAACCGGAUUUCACCCCUUCGAAGGCCUCGACGAUAGUCCAGUCCAGCUCGGAAUCUUCCUUGACCCCGGGGCCUAUCUCAUCGAACGACCAUCGAUGUCUUUUACGCGUGGAUGCCUUCCUCGGUGAAUGGCUUUGCCCGGACUACUUUGACGAAAUUAUCCCUCCACCCAACUCGGAUCGUAUGAUCACCGCCGCCAAGCUCGAACUAUUGCGACGCGAACAUAGUUUUGUGCCUCCAGCUGAUACCGGCCCCAGGCCGUCAACUGGCUUUUUCCCUGGUGGCUGGGGAAGCGCCUCCACUCCUGUCUCGCCCGCGAUCGAACCGACUGGGGCGGUCAAGGCAGGGCUGCCACCCGUCACACGCCAGACACUGGGACAAAGGUCUCGCGCAGGUAGCUGUGACGCCUUGGGCUCUGCGGAAAACACCCGAGGACGGCGGACCCUCAGCCGGAUCAACACGAACCUCCCCUCCAUCCCGGAUGCGGCGUACGUGCCUCCGACACCUAGCUAUGCUAUUUCGCCGUCAGACCCCAUCCCCGCGGGAUAUGUCACGCAUGCUCGGGAUGCUUGCGUGAAGAUUGAUUUUCAGUGGGAUAGCAUGCACGGGGAGCAGAAUUGGGGCGAUGGCGGCGACUACGGCGAAGAAUGGAGCACUAUGCAUACGCGGUUCCGCACUGGACUCGACCGCAUGAUUAGCUGGUAUCGAGACCAUGAUCCUUCUAUUCCCUCCGGUCGGCCGCGACGGCAUUCACAGACGCUAGACGGCUCGGAGGAGGCCAGUCCACUAAAUGACGCGGAGGAAGCAACAGAGACGAUCUUGGUUGUCAUCACCCACGGGGCCGGCUGCAAUGCGCUCAUUGGGGCAUUGUCCGGGGAGCCAGCCCUUGUAAAUAUCGGCACGGCCUCCCUGACGCUGGCGGUCCGGAAUGAUCGCCUGCCAGAAACGGCCGAAGGCGAUUCCAUCGGCGGUCCUGUGCGGGCCAGGGGGUCGGCGGACGAGUCGUCCAGCUUGGCAAGCUAUAGCAUGAAAUUGGUGGCCUCGACAGAGCACCUCCGUGCAACCGGCAGCACAUCGCGCGUUUCUUCUCCGAGCCAUGUGACAUCCCCGUCGGUGUCGUCCUACCGACGCGUGGCAAAUCGUCCGUCGCUGUCCCAGGGGUUAUUCAUCAUCGGACCCUCAUCGACUUCUGGUCCAACCACGGAGCCAUGGAGUGCCGAGCGGCCCUCGACAGCAGUCUCAUCCAAAUCGUCUGGCCUCUGGGGCUCGAUCGCCGAGCCGACCGACGAGAUUGUGCCCAACUUUGACUGGCCCACUCCAUCAGCUCCGGCCGUCAACGGCGACAGCCAAGCUUCGACAUUGAAGGCAGACGACUCGACCUGGGCAAAACUCCCACAGCGAACGCUCUCCCAGCGGGGCCUAUGGAGCAGCUCACCGCUGAGCAAGGAACGCGACCUAGGACAUAAAAGACGAUGGACGGUGACUGAACGGCGACCGUAACGUGAUGUUGUUUAUAAGUUGUCAAAAUUCUCAUUUGGCGAGGCGUUCGGGAUACUACCAUACCAUUCACUAAUUCUUGACUGGCUUGCUCGCUGGUUGAUGGGUUGUGUAUACCGGAGUUUCUCUUCUAAUAUACCCAUUCUGCUCCAAACAAUGACUAUAUCAGAACGAACACAGUUUAUUAGUUAGUAGUCCAC